AUGGAUCCCACAAAUCCAGAGGAUCCGGGCAUCAACAAAGCAAAUGUGGACAAUGUUGAGGUUGUCGCCAAUGCGGACAGACCAAACCCAAGGAAAGAGGCCCCGGCCUAUGUUGCUGGCUUGAGUCCUGAAGAGCGAAUCAAGGCCGAGAAGGCUCUCGUGCGCAAGAUCGACAUUCGUCUACUCCCCAUGAUCAUCAUCAUGUACAUUCUCAACUACCUGGACAGAAACAACAUCGCUUCUGCUCGUCUGGCUGGACUCGAAUCGGAUCUUGGUCUCGUGGGGAACCAGUUUGCAACCUGCGUCAGUAUUCUGUUUGUCGGUUAUCUGCUAAUGCAGAUUCCUUCUAACUUGCUACUCAACAAAUUCGGAAAACCUGCCAUUUAUCUACCUGUGGCCAUGAUAUGUUGGGGAAUCAUUUCGACAUGUACCGCCGCUGCUCAGAAUUUCGCUGGUCUGGUUGUUAUUCGAUUCUUCUUGGGUUUUAUCGAGGCCGCAUACUUUCCCGGAUGUCUUUACUUCCUGAGUGCAUGGUAUACGCGCAAGGAACUUGGGUUUCGCACCGCUGCUCUCUACUCGGGCUCCCUGCUCUCGGGUGCCUUUUCUGGUCUCAUUGCUGCGGGUAUUCUGAACGGCAUGGAAGGUGCUAAAGGCCUUCGAGCUUGGCGCUGGCUUUUCAUCAUCGAGGGCGCUGUCACUAUUGCCGUCGCUUUUAUCUCCAUGUGGGUCUUGCCUAACUUCCCUCGAACCACACCUUGGCUCUCUGAGGAGGAAAAGCAGCUGGCUGCAUGGCGUUUGGAGGAAGAUAUUGGUGAAGAUGAUUGGGUCGACAGUGAGCAGCAGUCGUUCUUGCACGGCGCUAAGCUUGCAGUGACCGAUAUCAAAACCUGGGUUUUGACCUUCCUCAUUCUCGGCAUUGUUUCCUCCGCGUCUGUCACCAACUUCUUUCCAACGGUUGUCAAAACUCUGCACUACAGCAAUAUCACAACCUUGCUUCUCACCGCGCCACCAUACUGCUUAGCCGUGAUCUGUGCCUUCGCUAACGCCUGGCAUGCGGAUCGUACUGGCGAACGCUACUUCCAUAUUACACUUCCUCUUUACAUCUCUGUCGCAGCAUUCAUCAUUGCAGCCUCUACAACAGGUACCGCUCCUCGCUAUGUAUCCAUGAUGCUCAUGGUCCCAUCCUUCUAUUCUGGAUACGUUGUUGCUCUGGGAUGGAUCUCAAAUACCCUUCCACGUCCAGCAUCCAAGCGCGCUGCUGCUCUCGCAAUGAUCAAUGCGAUCAGUAAUGCGAGUAGCAUUUAUGCUAGCUACAUGUAUCCGAAUAGUGAUGCACCGCGUUUUGUCCCGGCUAUGGCUGUCAAUUGUGGUACUGCUUUCAUGGCGAUUGUGGCGGCGACCAUUCUUCGUUUCAUUCUGGUUCGUCUUAAUAAGAAGCUGGAUCGGGGUGAUGAAGUUGAAGGAGCUGUUCCUAGUCAGGCUGGAAGCCGUGGGUUCCGAUACUUGGUUUGA